AUGAUUCAAGUAUUCAAAAUUUCGCCUCUCUCAAAUCAUUAUUUUUCAUUGUUGCAAAGCACAAUGGACUCAAUCUUCUUCAAUCCCUUCCUAGAGUGUGAUGAUGAGGCCACAGAAAAGUUCUGGCUUGAUAGUCUCUCCCAAAAUAUGAUGGAUGAUGAUAUCUUUGGAUCAGUAGAAGAUAUUUUUGCCAGCUUAAACCCACAAGCCCAUAAAAAAGAAACAAAAGCAAAGGAAGAACCAGCUACCCCUGAAGAAGAGAUCAAACAGGAAAGUAUCCCAACCCGCAAAGGAGCUCGGUUCAGUCCAAAGUACUCAAAUCAGUUAGUUCGCUAUGGCUUAAAGAGAUGGGUUUACUCACAUAGCAACAACCCAUAUCCAACAAAGGAUGAAAAGGCUGAAUUAUGCAGAUAUUACAAUAUCUCCAUGAAAUAUCUUGACAAUUUCAUGAGGAACAUGAGACAGAGACGCCAUCUCAGCACAAGAGUUCGCGCUCUUUACAAAUAA